AUGGAGAGGACCUGGGCUACAAAUACUAAAAAUGGGAUGGGGUACCGUAGCAGCGCCGCAACGUCGCGGCGCCACACCUCUAUCCCUUGUAGCCCUGCAGCGCUAAUUUCAGAGUGUCGCAGCACCACGGCCGCGGCUAGGGGCCUCUUAGAGAAAAAAUGGGGCAAGGAAAAAAUGAGAGGAAAUACCGCAUCAAAGGGAGAAAAUCUUGGAGAAAUCAAGAUCAAGGAUCCGAUCAAGGGACGGACUAAGGUGGUAGAAACCCUAAGUUCCUAUGGAAAUGGAGAUAUAUUCUUAAUCCUAGUGACAGCCAAGUGGAAUCAUGAAUCCCAACCCGAUUAUAAAUCUAACUUUUAUCAUAAUUGCAAUUGGAUCGAAAUUUAUGAAUAUUUUGAUUAUUAUCUUCAAUUAUGGCUGAGAUUUUUUUUUUUCCUUGUUUUACAGAAAUUUCAUAGAGAUCUUCCUCCAACUCCGGUGUUUGCAUUUGGUUUAUCGAAGGAUACUGCGACAAUUCCUGGUCCUACAAUUGAAGCUCUUCAUGGAAUUCAGACUUAUAUAACAUGGAGAAAUUAUCUCCCCUCGAAGCACAUAUUGCCUUGGGACCCAACUAUUCCAACUGCCAUACCGUCCACGAAGAAGGGCAUUCCUACAGUGGUGCACCUCCACGGAGGCAUAGAUGAACCUGAGAGUGAUGGACUCUCGACCUCGUGGUUCACUGCCAAAUUCAAAGAGCGGGGACCUACAUGGUCAAAGAAAAAGUAUCACUACCACAAUUUUCAGCAUCCAGGGACCCUAUGGUACCAUGAUCAUGCUAUGGGCUUGACUAGAGUUAACAUUUUGGCGGGCUUGUUAGGUGCCUACAUCAUUCGGGAUCCCAAAGUGGAGGCACCACUUAGGUUGCCAUACGAUGAAGAAGUCGAUCGUCCAUUGGUCGUAUUUGAUAGGAGCUUUUGCGCUGAUGGUUCAAUAUUCAUGAAUUCAACUGGAAAUAAUCCAUCAAUACAUCCACAGUGGCAACCAGAGUAUUUUGGUGAUGCAAUCAUAGUCAAUGGGAAGGCAUGGCCCCACAUGGUCGUGCGGCGACGAAAGUAUAGGUUCAGAAUUAUUAAUGCUAGCAAUGCAAGGUUUUUCAAAUUCUAUUUUGCCAGUGGUUUAGGAUUUAUCCACCUGGCGUCCGACUCAGCAUACAACGCAAGAUCAGUAAUGGUCAAUGACAUCCUUUUGGCCCCAUCAGAAAUUGCUGAUGUGAUCAUUGACUUCUCGGAGUCAAAUUCUGAUUCAGAUAUUUUGGCUAAUAAUGCAUCAUAUCCGUAUCCUUCUGGAGAUCCUGUGAAUGAAGCCAAUAGCAAAGUCAUGAAAUUUAUCAUAAAAUCCCACCAUGAGUUGGACACAUCAAAAAUACCAAAACAAUUGAUCCGUUAUCCAUCCCCAAAUUUAUCUAGCGUAUCACUGACACGGUACAUUGCCAUGUAUGAGUACACGAGCGAGAUCGGUGAACCUAUACAUUUGUACAUCAACGGAAAAUCAUAUGAAGAACCAGUGACCGAGACACCAAAAGUGGGGGCAACAGAGAUUUGGAAUGUGAUCAAUCUAACGGAAGAUAAUCACCCAUUGCAUAUUCAUCUCGGACUUUUUGUGGCCCUGGAUCAAACAGAAUUGGUAAACGCUGAUGAAUUUAAAGAGUGUAUGUUGAAGAACAACGAUGCUAUCAAGUGCCAAGUUGACAAGUAUGCACGUGGAAAGAAGAUAGAUGUACCGGCCCAUGAGAAGGGAUGGAAAAAUGUUUACAAGAUGAUGCCUGGAUAUGUUACAAGAAUUAUAGUCAGGUUUUCUUACAUUCAUUCGAAUGAGUCAUAUCGGUUUGAUGCAACUGCAGAACCUGGCUACGUCUAUCACUGCCAUAUCUUAGAUCAUGAGGACAAUGUGAUGAUGAGGCCAUUGAAAUUCAUCAAAUAGAGGUUUGAACUAUGCGAUUGAAGAGCAAAAGGAAGGAACCUUUAAAUGGAUGAUACCUUAAAAACAAGAGGAAGCAAGUAUAUGACAAAAUUCUACUAGACUUAUAAAGCAUUUGUAAUCAAUAUGACAUGUGUGGGGAGAGUCAAAUGUAAAGUCGGAGAAAUGAAAAGUAAAUAUCUGUUUUUGAAGUAA